AUGAAGGUCGACAUUCACUCAGGGCGGCUCUCUGGGGCCUUCCACGCCCCUGUCCCAUACCGCAGACGCCACCCUCUGAAUCCCGGGAGAUCGGUUCCCGGGUACAACGCCCAUUCCUUUGCGAGUUGGACUCGAACGUUUGUCGCGUACGUCGAUCAGCGAUAUCGACGUCCAGAGAUUCCAUCAUGGCCUCAACCCAUCCAAGACCUAAGCGACCUCAUCGAGAGCACUCCAGAGCUUCGUAUGCUUGCCUCGGCCAUGUUUGACGAGGUUCCAAGCAAGCAGCCUUACCUCAAGGAUCCGGCCGGACAUAGACAGAUUCGAGAUUAUCAUCACAUGCUCCAUCUAUUCUCCAUCAUCAUGACAACGAUUGCGCCUAGCUGGAGCAUGUCGGAGCAUGGUCUAGGCAUUGUCGGAUUUCCAUUCAAUGCUGUUCUCGACUGGCCCAUGGCGACUCGCAGCGGAUACGCCUUCUUCCUCAAGGCCGAAGUCAACGCCAAGCUCAAGGUCAUCCUCGACACAUGGAGGGACAAUGUCCUCAAGACCAACAAGCAAUACGUCCUCACAACUGAUCCAGAUGGAUGGCUGAGCAGCAGUGUGCUCGUCACUAUUGAAGGAGAGACCAAUGUCGACGGCCAAGAGCCUCUACCCUUCCAUCAAAUCUUUGAAUGCGAUCCUAUCGGCGACCCUGUACACUGGGGCUUCCAGUGCUGGGAUGACUUUUUCGUGAGAAAGUUCAAGGAUAUGGACAAGAUUAGACCCGUUGCAUUCCCUGAUGACCCGAGGUGGAUCGUCAAUGCUUGCGAGUCAAGACCAUAUGCGCUACAAGCCAACGUCAAGGAUUACGACACAUUCUGGCUGAAGGGUCAGCCAUAUUCUGUUGUCGAAAUGCUGAACCACCACCCCAACGCAAGCCAAUUUGUCGGCGGUACAGUGUUCCAAGCUUUCCUAAGUGCAACAGCCUACCAUCGCUGGAGUUCUCCAGUUGCAGGGAAAGUCAUCCACUCCGAAGUCAUCGACGGGACAUACUUUUCAGAGCCAACCUUUGACGGCUUUGCGAACCCUGAAGGUCCUGAUCAAGCCGGCCCAGAUCGAGCUCAAGGCUACAUAUCCCAUGUUGCUACACGAGCCAUGUUUUUCAUUGACACUGAGGGUCCAGCUGGAGUUGUAUGCGUUCUCUUUGUUGGAAUGGCUGAUGUAUCAACGUGCGAGAUCUUGGAAAGAUUUCAACGAAAUCUACCGCAGACCGUUGCCAAGGGAGAGGAACUGGGCAUGUUUCAUCACGGAGGAUCAACGUAUUGUCUUCUUUUCCCGCCAGAUGUGAACCUCACGUGGGUUACUGCUGCAUAUCCUGGUAUCUCGGAUAAGAACAUUCCAAUUCGCAGCGGAUUGGCGUAUGCAUGUCCUACAGCCUCGACGAGGCGUGCGCGACUGAGGUUUCCUACUGCAUAA